UCGCGAGAAUUCACGCGCUCAAUUAAACGUCAGCUUCGGAACAACGUGAAUAGUGUACGUUUCAAGUCGAGCCAAUUUCUUAUUAGUUUUGGAGCUCUUUGGACUCGACGAGUUUGGUUCCCGAAGCCCGAGAAGCCCAUGCACAACACGGUUGUGUUCUGCGCGGGUAAAUAAAUACACGAUCGGGAUUUGUGCUGCUUCAUACACGCCUGCUAAGCUAAGGUGUAGCAAUACGCCACGGAGAGCAUUUUCGAAUUUUUGUCCUCGUUUGUGGAAACGGGCCAUGGUUUUGUUGAAGAACCUGCGACCUCCUACUGAAGGAGUUCGGCUCCAGCAGGCUGACACAGCGGCCGUCCUGGACGGACAGAAGCUCGGCAAUGGGACGCUCUAUGUCGCCGAAACGCGUCUGUCGUGGUUUGAUGGCGCGGGGUUGGGUUUCAGUUUGGAGUACCCUACCAUCGGCUUGCACGCCAUCUCCAGAGAUGUCAGCGCCUACCCCCAAGAACAUCUCUACGUCAUGGUCAACGGAAAACUCAGCGAGGAGAAUGAGGCAGAAAUGACGGAGAAGCCGGCGGAUGAGGAGGAUGACGGAGUGGGUAGUGAGGAAGAUGAUGAUGAUGAUGGUGGAGGAGAUGAAGAGGAAGGAGGUAUCACAGAGGUUCGAUUUGUGCCCGGUGACAAAGCAGCAUUGGAGUCAAUGUUUGCGGCUAUGUGCGAGUGUCAGGCGCUGCAUCCUGACCCUGAAGACGAAGACGACUCCGACAACGACUUUGAGGGAGAAGAGUACGAUGUGGAGGAGGCCGAGGCUGAGCACGGCCAUGCCGACAUCCCAACUUUCUACACGUGUGACGAGGGUCUGUCUGCACUGACCCAGGAGGGCCAGGCCACACUUGAGAGGCUGGAGGGCAUGUUGGCGCACAGCGUGGCGCAGAGAUACCACAUGGGCGGCGUACGCACCGAGCAGGGAGACUCACGCUUCGAAGAUGGCAUGGAGGUGGAUGGAAACGCAGAGGCAGGGCAGUUUGAGGAUGCAGACGUUGACCACUGAUGGACCACAAGUGCAUCAUGGGAGCCGCACUUCUUCAUGGCAUUCUGAUCAGUUCGUGGUUCUCCCAAGCACUUCCUGUUUGUCGCGUCAGUAAUUCCAACCCGUGUUGUUGUUGUGAACCAACCUAGUUUGUUGCCUGUUUAACUUACUUUCUGUAUGUAAACAAAUGUAACAGUGUGGCAUCCUUCUUAGUCGAUUACCAAUAAAAUAUGAAUUUUUCUAUAAA